AUUCAGCAUGCUUUUUGAUAAUAACGAUCUUGUUAUCGAGGAAAAAGGUAGAACCGAAUGCAUUUUGAACGUAUCGUUGAGGAUAAGAAUAGUGGUAUCCCACAUUUUAUCAGAAAGACAAGAAAGCGAUUGCGAAGAACACUGGCCAAUAGAUUUACCAGUAUACAGUGGUAUUAAUAAACCUAAGCGCUGUUAUAGGAUUUUUUCAUCCCUUGAUCAAUGGAGUGAAAACGACGAGAUGAAAGACGAUAACAAUACCGACGACAAGAACCUCAACAACAAAAUCAAACACAAGCCUCUUUUGGUAGACACGCCGAUUACUGACACCAAAUCCGAAAACAAUCACUUAUUUACCGAUAAAUUACAAAAGCCUCUUGGUUCUUCUAAUGAUAGUUACGGAAACAAUUACAACAUUGAUAAAAAUGAGCAGUGCAAUGACAAGACAGAAAUUGAUAAAAACGAAAACUGCAACAAAGAGAUGUACUCAAACAUGCCUGAGGGAUAUUAUUUAAAAAUGAGAUUUGGAGAUUUUGGUUAUCGCCACAGAUGUGGAUAUGGUACCGACGAUGAAGAUGGUUAA